UUUCCUAGACGAUCCGAUGUACUCCUACACAUUAGCCGCUUUCCUUCCAACAUGCUUGGCUAGAAAAGUUGCAUCUUCUCUCUUCUGGGUCAGGCAUUUGUCCUGAUCCUGAAUGCUCCGAUUUUCAGCUUCCAGAGAGGAGGGAAAGAUUCAAAGGUUGUCAUUCCCGGGCGGAGAAGCUCUGCGGAACUGUCGUUGUCCGGAACUGGAUAGCUGUUGCUCGGCGGAGCUCUGAAAAGGAACACCCGGGGCAAGAUGGCGGUGAAGUCUUGGUCGCUGCCCCGGGUCCACCAGCUUUCAGGUGUAUUCGGUUGAGGCGACAGUACCUGCGGCUCCGACCCCGAGCGCUGGGGCCUCGAGCGGAGAAAGGUCUACGUCCUACCGAGAAGAGAAGUGGCACUGAAGUGCGAAGCUGCCCCCGGCGGUGAGUCCUCUGCACGACCACCGAUGAUCACUUGGCACUUCGGCGGCGACUCAGGCAGGCCCUCGGGGUUUGUGCAGGUGUGCGAACAUGUUCACCGUUUCUCAGACCUCGCGAGCGUGGUUCAUCGACAGAGCCCGCCAGGCUCGGGAGGAGAGGCUCGUGCAGAAGGAGCGGGAGCGCGCAGCCGUGGGCAUUCAGGCCCACGUCCGGAGCUUCCUCUGUCGGAGCCGACUGCAGAGGGAAAUCAGGAAAGAGAUCGAUGAGUUUUUUAAAGCAGAUGAUUCUGGGUCCAGUAAAAGAAGUGCACUGUGUAUUUUUAAGAUCGCCAGGAAACUGCUGUUCUUGUUCAGAAUUAAAGAGGAUAAUGAGAGAUUUGAAAAGUUGUGCCGCUGCAUCCUGAGCAGUAUGGAUGCUGAGAAUGAACCCAAGGUGUGGUAUGUGUCCCUGGCUCUCUCCAAGGAUCUCACCCUCUUGUGGAUCAAACAGAUCAAGGACAUCCUCUGGUAUUGCUGUGAGUUUCUUAAGCAGCUCAAGCCUGAAAUCUUACAAGACUCCAGACUCGUCACACUGUACCUCACGAUGCUUGUCACCUUCACAGACACUUCAACGUGGAAAAUUUUCCGGGGAAAAGGUGAGAGUCUUCGACCAGCCAUGACCCACAUCUGCGCAAAUAUAAUGGGACAUCUCAACCAGCGUGGGUUUUAUUCCGUGCUGCAGAUACUGUUAACCCGAGGCCUGGCGAGACCCCGGCCCUGUCUGUCCAAAAGCACUUUGACGGCAGCCUUUUCUCUCGCACUGCGCCCUGUGGUUGCCGCACAGUUUUCAGACAACCUGCUCCGGCCGUUCCUCAUCCACAUCAUGUCUGUGCCUGCUCUCGUGACGCAUCUCGGCACAGUGACCCCUGAGCGCCUCGCUGUUUUGGAAUCCCAUGACUUGCUUCGUAAAUUCAUCACAUUCUUAAGAGAUAAAGAUCGAUGCCGUGAUGUCUGUGAAAGUUUGGAAGGAUGCCACACGCUGUGUCUGAUGGGCAACCUCCUGCAGCUGGGCUCCCUCAGCCCGCGCGUGUUGGAGGAGGAGACGGACGGGUUUGUGGGCUUGCUCACCCAGAUGCUGUGCUACUGCCAGAAGUACGUGUCGCAGAAGAAGUCCAACCUGACCCACUGGCACCCCGUCCUCGGCUGGUUCUCCCAAUCCGUGGACUACGGCCUUAACGAGUCGAUGCCCUUGAUCACCAAACAGCUGCAGUUCCUGUGGGGGGUGCCCCUGAUCCGCAUCUUCUUCAGUGACAUCCUGAGCAAGAAGCUGCUGGAGAACCCGGAGCCCGCAGCCCACGUGCCGGCGGCUUCCCCACAGAACGUGCUCCCCGUGAAGAAUCUCCUGAAGCGCGCGUUCCAGAAGUCCGCCUCGGUGCGCAACAUCCUCAAGCCCGUGGGGGGCAGGCGCGUGGACUCCGCGGAGGUGCAGAAGGUCUGCAACAUCUGCGUCCUCUACCAGACCUCGCUGACCACGCUGACCCAGAUCCGGCUGCAGAUUCUCACAGGUCUCACCUACCUUGAUGACCUGCUGCCCAAGCUGUGGGCGUUCAUCUGCGAGCUGGGGCCCCACGGAGGGUUAAAGCUCUUCCUGGAAUGCCUCAGCAACGACACCGAAGAGUCGAAGCAGCUCUUGGCCAUGCUGAUGCUGUUCUGUGACUGCUCCCGGCACCUCAUCACGAUCCUUGAUGACAUUGAAGUUUAUGAAGAACAGAUCUCAUUCAAACUGGAAGAGCUGGUCACCAUCUCCUCCUUCCUGAACUCCUUCGUGUUCAAGAUGAUCUGGGAUGGCAUCGUAGAGAACGCCAAGGGCGAGACCUUGGAGCUGUUCCAGUCCGUCCACGGGUGGCUGAUGGUGCUGUACGAGCGGGACUGUCGGCGGCGCUUCGCCUCCGAGGACCACUGGCUGCGCAAGGAUCUCAAACCUAGUGUGCUCUUCCAAGAACUGGACAAGGACCGAAAACGGGCACAGCUGGUCCUGCAGUACAUCCCUCACGUCAUUCCACACAAAAACAGGGUGCUCCUGUUCCGAAACAUGGUCACCAAGGAGAAGGAGAAGCUGGGGCUCGUGGAAACCAGCUCCGCCUCCCCGCACGUCACGCACAUCACUAUCCGGCGGUCCCGGAUGUUGGAGGACGGCUAUGAACAGCUCCGGCAGCUCUCCCAGCACGCCAUGAAGGGUGUGAUCCGCGUGAAGUUCGUCAACGACCUCGGGGUGGACGAGGCGGGGAUCGACCAAGACGGCGUUUUUAAGGAGUUCUUGGAAGAGAUCAUCAAGAGGGUGUUUGACCCGGCACUCAACCUGUUCAAGACAACCAAUGGGGACGAGAGGCUCUACCCCUCGCCCACAUCUUACAUUCAUGAGAAUUACCUGCAGCUCUUCGAGUUUGUGGGCAAGAUGCUGGGCAAGGCCGUGUAUGAGGGAAUUGUGGUGGACGUGCCCUUCGCGUCCUUCUUCCUGAGCCAGCUGCUCGGGCACCACCACAGCGUCUUCUACAGCUCCGUGGACGAGCUGCCUUCCCUGGACUCCGAGUUCUAUAAGAACCUCACCUCCAUUAAGCGCUACGAUGGGGACAUCGCUGACCUGGGCCUGACACUGUCCUACGACGAGGACGUCAUGGGUCAGCUCGUCUGCCAUGAACUGGUUCCUGGGGGGAAGACCAUUCCUGUUACAAAUGAAAAUAAAAUUAGCUACAUCCAUCUGAUGGCGCAUUUUCGAAUGCACACGCAAAUCAAAAACCAGACAGCUGCCCUCAUUAGCGGAUUCCGUUCUAUUAUCAAACCCGAGUGGAUCCGGAUGUUCUCAACCCCUGAGCUACAGCGUCUCAUCUCCGGUGACAAUGCUGAGAUUGAUCUGGAAGAUUUAAAGAAGCACACAGUGUACUAUGGUGGUUUCCAUGGAAGUCACAGGGUCAUCAUCUGGCUUUGGGACAUUCUGGCCUCCGACUUCACGCCCAGCGAGCGAGCCAUGUUUCUGAAGUUUGUGACCAGCUGCUCCAGGCCCCCGCUCCUGGGCUUCGCCUACCUCAAGCCUCCGUUCUCCAUUCGCUGUGUCGAAGUGUCGGACGACCAGGACACCGGGGACACCCUGGGCAGUGUCCUGCGGGGCUUCUUCACCAUCCGCAAGCGGGAGCCUGGGGGCCGUCUGCCCACCUCCUCCACCUGCUUCAACCUGCUCAAGCUGCCCAACUACAGCAAGAAGAGCGUGCUCCGCGAGAAGCUGCGCUACGCCAUCAGCAUGAACACGGGCUUCGAGCUGUCCUAGCUCCCGGCCCCGGCCGCCGGCCCUCGAGGACCCCGGCCUCCCCCGGGGGUGUGGGUAACAGAGGCCCCCAGACCCUCUCUAUAGCCAUGAGACGCCCCUGUGGCCCCAGAACUUUGGAUGCACACGUCGACUCCGCACAGCGUUCUCCACUGACGGGAAGGGGCGUCGGAAAUACACCUCCGGGUUCCGCCAGCGUGGGUCCUUCCCUCCCGCACCCCGGCGGCCUGGAGCCCGGCCUGUGACUUCGAGGGGCCCGUCUUUUGGUAGUCGGGUCUUCUCUUGAGUCUCUCUCUCCUCGACCUCCCGAGUGAGCCGUGCGUGGGCCAGGCCCAGGCACUCCCAGGCUCGGGGAGGUGUCCGUGACGGGCCUGAGGGCACGGAGCCUAGUUUGCGUAAGACACUCUCCUUCCCUCUCUGAAAACUACUCAGGUAAGGCCUUGCCCAGCCUCUAUGCACCCAGCACAGCCUCUGCCUCCUCCGUCCCACCCCCAGCAGCUCUCUCCAGACAGCCAAGUGCACCCGCUCCCCAGAGAGGCCGAGGCGCUGGCGGGGGAGGCCAGGAGCACAGGAAGUCUGGGUGGCUCCCGCUGGGAAGCCACGUGGCAGCCCCUCCCCAGCUCUCACCUCGGAGACCCGAGCGCUCGGCAGGCCGGGCUGCCGGCAGCCUCCCCUGGCUCACUCUGCGCCCUCACGCUGGCAUCCGGGGUGUGCCAGGGGAACCCAUUGGCCCGUGCAGAGCAGCUGCGCUUCUAGAAAGCGCUGGCUACUCCUGAAGCCUGCUGAUUCUCGAGGUGCGGCCGCCUUCCUCCUGCUGUUUGCCGCCUGUUACCUGGGAAGGAACCAACGUUAGCCGAAGGCACCGCCCCUUCGCCCUCGACCGUACAAUCCCGAGAGCCUUGGCCUCGCAGCGCCCUUCCUCAGCACAGGGGCCCCGGGAGCCCUUUGCACUGACUCAGCUCACGAGGCUCAGGAAACUCACGGCCCUCUGGGUUGGUUUUCUUUGUUGUGGUGGUUUUUUUAAAAUUUUUCUUCAUUUUCCCCCUCAACUCAUUGUGCUCGCCUGCCCUCAUCCUUCAUCUUCACCACGAGAACUUGACUCUAGCUCCAGGGCAUUGAGGCAGAGGCCGUGUGGUCAGUCUGCGUUGACACCCCAACCCCGCCCCGCUCAUCACACCCAUCAGCCUCCCACCGCAGAGCCUGAGCCAGGGAGCAGCCAGGGGCACCCGGUCCCCCCUCUGCCCCAAGGAGCGGCCUCUCCCCAGCAGCAGAGCGCCUUCCAGCAGGAGGAGCCUUCCCGCGCCUGUGGCCCGUGUCAGAGGGCGUGUGCUGGGUGCCAGGGUCCAUCCUCGCCCGAGCCUGGCUGCGGGAGCGCCCCUGGCUUCAGGAGAACGGACUGUUUCUAUUUUCAUGACAAGACAGCAAGGAAUUUAAAGACAGACAGGAAUUUACUAUUUAAGAUUUGUUAGCAACCUCUGAUUCUGAGAUUUGCUGCUCUCUAUAAACACUCAGUUCCUCCGAGGUCUCUUGUGCAUACGUGUGCACGGGCCAUGCAGGUCUGCGUGUGUACGCGGGGCCUUGUAACCGCCGGCCUGCGCACAGAGAUGUGGUCCGUCCCAAGUCCCGGUGCCCGGGAGCCGCGUGUGGGACUGGGGGGCUGGUUUCAAAGCACCAACAUCCACCUUGGUUUUGUUUUUUUGACGAGGAGGGGUAGUUUGUGAUUUCAUUUAAUUUCUUCUCUUAAGCAGCUGGAAACAUUGCACUAUUUAAAACACUAAAUCUGUACUUCCACAGCUGGUGUUCCUCGACACCCGACGGCUCUUGAUGGCUCUAAAAAGUCACGGGGGUUUUGUUUUCACAGAUAACUUAUGGACUAAACGCGAUCAAAGGCUUUAUUAAAUUUGUACUUCAGCCCCUGG